UUUCCUGACGGGACCCGCGUCUCUUCCGCUCCACACGGGGAUAUCAUACAGUGGGUGGGAAUCUCUCACUCGGAAAACUGUCGUUAACCUGCCGUGUCGAGGAACUUUAACUUGUGAGAGGCGCGGUGGAUAGAGCAUCCAAUGAGCCUGGAAAGGACGCAACUAUUUGCAUAGAAUAGGUGGAGCUUUGGCAAAGAUGGCACCUUCCCUGCAGCAUGGUGGGUCCGCGCUGGCGGCCAUGAUGUGUUUCCUGCUGCGGGCCGCGUCUGCUCUGAACCUGGAGGACCCCAACGUCUGCAGCCACUGGGAGAGCUACUCUGUCACCGUCCAGGAGUCCUAUGCACACCCCUUUGAUCAGAUUUAUUACACCAACUGUGCUGACAUCCUCAACUGGUUCAAGUGCACACGACACAGGGUGAGUUACCGGACGGCGUACCGGCGUGGGGAGAAGACCAUGUACCGGCGAAAGUCCCAGUGUUGCCCCGGGUUCUAUGAGAGCAGAGAGAUGUGUGUCCCCCACUGUGCUGAGAAAUGUGUCCAUGGCCGCUGCGUAGCCCCCAGCACCUGUCAGUGUGAGCCCGGCUGGGGCGGCCCCGACUGUUCCAGCGCGUGCGACAGCAACCACUGGGGCCCCCACUGCAGCAACCGGUGUCAGUGCAAGAACGGGGCGCUGUGCAACCCCAUCACAGGGGCCUGCAUCUGCACCCCGGGGUACAGGGGCUGGCGCUGCGAGGAGCACUGCGAACCCGGCACCUACGGGCACAGCUGCCAGCAGAGGUGCCAGUGUCAGAACGGAGCCACCUGCGACCACAUCACCGGGGAGUGCAAGUGCUCCCCGGGAUACACCGGGGCCUUCUGUGAGGACCUGUGCCCCCCGGGUAAGCACGGGCAGCAGUGUGAAGAGCGGUGCCCGUGCCAGAACGGAGGGGUGUGCCACCAUGUCACCGGGGAGUGUUCCUGCCCCGCCGGCUGGAUGGGGACAGUGUGCGGCCAGCCCUGCCCAGAGGGGCGCUUUGGGAGGAACUGUUCCCAGGAGUGCCAGUGUCACAACGGGGGUACCUGUGUGUCGUCCACGGGACAGUGUCUGUGCGGCCCUGGAUACACCGGAGAGAGGUGCCAGGACGAGUGCCUGGUUGGCACGUACGGCGUGGGCUGCGGCCAGACGUGCCGCUGCGUGAACGGCGCCAAGUGCUACCACAUCAGCGGGGCAUGUCUGUGCGAGCCGGGGUACACCGGGGAGAGCUGCGAGGUGCGCCUGUGCCCAGAGGGGGUCUACGGACUCAGGUGUGACAAAAGGUGCCCCUGCCACGCCCAGAACACCCGCAGCUGUCACCCCAUGUCAGGAGAGUGCUCCUGUCGGCCCGGCUGGUCGGGGCUUUACUGCAACGAGACGUGCACCCCGGGGUUUUUUGGGGAGUCCUGCCGGCAGGUGUGCCAGUGCCAAAAUGGGGCGGACUGCCACAGCGUGACAGGGGAGUGCAUCUGUGCUCCCGGGUUCAAGGGGCCCAACUGCUCGAUCCCUUGCCCCGCCGGGACCCACGGGGCCAACUGCUCGUCCACCUGCAGCUGUAAGAACGGGGCAGUGUGCUCACCUGUGGAUGGGGCCUGUUCUUGCAAAGCAGGCUGGCACGGGGUGGACUGCUCCAUAAACUGCCCAAGCGGCACCUGGGGCCUAGGCUGCAAUCUCACCUGUAUGUGUGGAAAUGGGGGCGCCUGCAACGCGCUCAACGGUCAGUGCACCUGCGCGCCAGGCUGGAAGGGAGAGAAGUGUGACUCACACUGCCAGGAUGGAACCUAUGGGAUGGACUGCAGGGAGCGCUGCGACUGUAGCCAUGCCGACGGGUGUCACCCGGCCACGGGGUACUGCCGCUGCCUGGCUGGGUGGACAGGGAUUCACUGCGACAGCGUCUGCGCCGAGGGCCGAUGGGGGCCCAACUGCUCGCUCCCCUGCAACUGCAAAAACGGGGCGUCCUGCUCCCCUGACGAGGGAACGUGCGAGUGCGCACCUGGGUACCGAGGGACCACCUGCCAGCGCAUCUGCUCGCCGGGGUAUUUUGGCCACCGCUGCAGCCAGGCAUGUCCGCAGUGCGUGCACAGCAACGGGCCCUGCCAUCACGUCACCGGCCAGUGCGACUGUCUGCCAGGGUUCAAAGGGGCCCUCUGCAACGAAGUGUGCCCCAGUGGCAGAUUUGGCAAGAACUGUGCCGGGGUCUGCACCUGCACCAACAACGGCACCUGCAACCCCAUCGACGGGUCCUGCCAAUGUUACCCUGGCUGGAUCGGUAGCGACUGCUCCCAGCCCUGCCCUCCAGGACAAUGGGGACCCAACUGCAUCCACACGUGCAACUGCCACAACGGGGCCUUCUGCAGCGCCUACGACGGAGAGUGCAAGUGCACCCCGGGCUGGACGGGCCUCUACUGCACACAGCGCUGCCCGUUGGGUUACUACGGCAAGGACUGUUCCCAGACCUGCCAGUGUCAGAACGGGGCGGACUGUGACCACAUCUCCGGCCAGUGCACCUGCCGCACCGGGUUCAUGGGCCGGCACUGCGAGCAGAAGUGUCCCCCGGGUUCCUACGGCUACGGCUGCCGACAGGUGUGCGACUGCCUGAACAACUCCACCUGCGACCACAUGACAGGCACCUGCUACUGCAACCCCGGCUGGAAGGGGGCCAGGUGUGACCAAGCCGGAGUCAUCAUCGUGGGCAACCUCAACAGCCUGACCAGCGCGGCAGUGCCAGUGGACUCCUACCAGAUCGGCGCCAUCACGGGCAUCAUCGUCCUGGUGCUCCUGGUGCUCUUCCUCCUCCUCCUCUUCAUCAUCUACCGGAAGAAACAGAAGGGCAAGGAGCCCGCCAUGCCCGCCGUCACGUACACGCCCGCCAUGCGCGUCAUGAACACCGACUACACCAUCGCAGAAACGCUCCCACAGACCAGCGAGGGACACCCUAACAGCAACUACUUCUCCAACCCCAGCUACCACACUCUCACCCAGUGCACCAGUCCGCCCCACGUCAACAACAUCCCCUACGGGAAGGCCAAGAACAACCAGCUGUUUGUGAACCUGAAGAACAUGGACCACAGGAAGAGGCCCCCGAUGAUGGACCACACGGGAACGCUGCCGGCGGACUGGAAGCAGGGUGGCUGCUUCAACGAGCUGGGAGCUUUUGGAGUUGACAGACGGUACAUGGGGAAAUCUCUCAGAGAUUUGGUGAAGGGGACCCCCUACCACGCCAGCUCCUGUUCCCUCAACAGCUCGGAGAACCCCUACGCCACCAUCAAGGACCCGCCCCUCCUCAUUCCCAAGAACACUGAGUGCGGCUACGUGGAGAUGAAGUCGCCGGCACGGCGGGACUCACCCUAUGCCGAGAUCCACAACUCGGGGCCAACCAACAAGAAUGUCUACGAAGUCGAGCCCACUGUCAAUGUCGUCCACACACCGACCAACAACAACAACAACGCCCCCUUUGGCCAGGACCCGUACGACCUACCAAAGAACAGCCACAUCCCCUGCCAUUAUGACAUCCUUCCUCCACGGGACAGCCCGCCCUCACCCCACAAGGAGCUGGGCAGCGAAUGAGUGCUAAGAGACACAAAGAGACCACACCCUCUUACAAUGGCUCAGCCAAUCGAUGGCCUUCGCUAAUUGGCAAUUCGCUCACUUGCUGCAUAUCUCUUGAGAAUUAUAUUAAUUGUUUUUUUUUAUUA